CUCCAUAACCCCCCAUGCACGCACGCACGCAAAGAUAAAAGCCAGCAAUGAUCACCACGAAAAGCCCCCUACCCUCCUAUCUCCAUCUUCUACAUUACAAAACACAAUCUUUGAAGAACAGAGUUAGUGAUAUAGAAGGAGAAGAAGAUACAAUCUUAUUGAGAUAGUAAGAGAGCGAGACAAAGAGUGGUGUGAAACUCUUCCUUUGUUCUCAUAGAAAUGAAAGUACCCUUUACCUCACAACAAAACCAGCAAUCUGUGAGUUCAAAGUCGAUCAAUACUGCUCGGAAUACCACUUCUCAGGGCUCCGGCAACCUGUGCUACGAACCCAAAUCGGUUCGUGAACUCUGCCCAAGUCCCAGUCCGGCGGGAGACAAACCGGUGGCUAAAACUGAAAUCUCGACUGUUUCUGAUCAUACUGUGUGGCAAUUGUGUCAGUCUGAUGACUCUCUUCAGGUAGACGACCAUGUUCUGAACCACUUGGAGGAUUGGAUGAAAGAAUUUGGUCUUCCUGAUGAUUCAACCCCUGGUUUGAAAUUGAAUUCCCAACUCACUCACAGCGAGACUCAGUAUCAAGGAGCUCUUCCCGAAUUUGCCCAACCUCACAUGUUUGAAGCAACUCAGUUCAUCCCCUCCGAUUUCAAUCUCUCUCAUGGGGGCUCAUACCCACCAUUAAACCACAAUUCCAACACGGUUGACCUCUCGAAUGAUCUCCACCAUAUGAACCAAUGGAAUGUUGGGUUCGAUUAUGUGGACGACCUCAUCCGAGUCGCCGAGUGCUUCGAAACCAACUCGUCCCAAUUCGCGCACCUGAUAUUGGCGCGGCUCAAUCAACGCCUCCAAUCACCCACCGGAAAACCCCUCCAGAGAGCUGCUUUCUACUUCAAAGAAGCUCUCAACUUCACCGCCAACCAAGCCAUCCUCGAAGCCGUCGAUGGCUCGAUUGUCGUCCACGUCAUUGACUUUGACAUCGGAAUCGGAGGUCACUGGGCCUCCUUCAUGAAAGAGCUCGCGGAUAAAGCCGAGUCUCGAAAAUCUAACCCACCGGCUCUUCGAAUCACAGCUUUGGUUCCUGAAGAGUACGCAAUUGAAUCACGAUUGAUCAGAGAAAACCUAAUCCAAUUCGCUCGUGAACUCAAUAUCGGAUUCGAAAUCGAUUUCGUUUCGAUUCGAACAUUUCAGUACCUAUCUUUCAAAGCCAUCAAAUUCGUCGACGGAGAGAAGACCGCCGUGCUUUUGUCUCCGGCGAUCUUUCAACGCAUUGGGGGUGGUUUUGUGAAUGAUCUUCGGAAAAUCUCACCCCAUGUGGUGGUGCUCGUGGACAGUGAAGGCCUGAUGGGAUUUGGGGUGUCGUCUUUGCGUCAGUGCGUCAUCGAUGGCCUUGAAUUUUAUUCCACCGUGUUGGAGUCGUUGGAGGCGUGGAAUAUCAGCGGCGGCGGGGGUGGUGGUGAUUGGAUUCGGAAGAUUGAGAUGUUUGUGCUGCUUCCGAAGAUUUUCGAGGCGGUGGAGGCGGCUAGCCACCCUGGGACGCCGUGGAGGGAGGCGUUUGCUGGGGCGGGGUUGAGGCCGGUUGGGCUGAGUCAGUUCGCUGAUUCUCAAGCUGAGUCAUUAGUGGGCAGAAUCCAAGUCAGAGGUUUCCACGUGGCGAAACAACAGGCGGAGAUGGUGCUUUGCUGGCAUGAGAGGCCACUGGUUGUCACGUCGGCUUGGAGGUGUUAG